AUGGCUUGCAUAAACAUAGUCUCUAUUGCUUCAACCAUGCAGACACAGAAACUUCAUCAUACUAUUGAAAAACAAAGUCAUCCAGAAAGGAUCUCUACCUAUAAACCAAACAUUUGGAAAUAUGAUCAUCUACUUUCUCUUACAAGUCAAUAUUCUGAAGGAAAGUACAAAAUUGAAGCAGAAAAGCUAAAAGAGGAAGUUGGUUGCAUGUUUUCAAACACUACUAGUCCAGUGGCUCAGCUAGAGCUUAUAGACGGAAUUGACAAACUUGGCCUAAGUGCUUACUUCGAGGUUGAUACAAAUGAAGCUUUGGAAAAUACAAUUUUGUACAUGAAAACUAGUUCCAACUCAAAGGAUCUCUAUGCUACUGCAUUGUGCUUUAGGCUUCUUAGGGAACGUGGCUACCAUGCUUCACAAGAUAUGUUGAAGGAUUUGUUUGAUGGGAAAGGGAAACUACCUCCAGAUGUAAAAACGUUAUUGGAGCUUUUGGAAGGGUCACAUCUGAGCAUUGAUGGUGAAAAAUUACUAAACGACAUAAGAUUGUUGUCUACUACCAAAAACCUCAAAAAUUUAUCAUUACAUGUUGACAGAUUUACUAGUAAUCCCUUGGCAUGGAGAGUGAGAUGGUACGAUGUUAGAACACACAUUGUUAAUACUGCUCAAAAUUGCAACAACACAAAUCCAAUGUUGCUCAAAUUAGCUAAACUUAACUUCAAUAUUAUUCAAGCCACACACCAAAAAGAUCUCAAAGAUGUAAUAAGAUGGUGGAGGAAUCUUUGCAUAGUUGAAAAUUUAGGGUUUACAAGGGACAGAAUAGUAGAAAGCUUCUUUUUCGCUGUAGGAAUUGCGUCAGAGGCUGAACAUGGAAGCAUGAGAAAAUGGCUAACCAAAGUGAUUCAAUUGAUACUUAUAAUAGAUGAUGUUUAUGAUAUUUAUGCUUCUUUACCCGAUGUGCAACAAUUCACCCGUGCCAUAGAGAAGUGGGAUCCAAAAGAAGUGCAAAGGCUACCAGAGUGUAUACAGAUAUGUUUCAAAGCAUUGCAUGAUACAAUGGAAGACAUAUCUGUUGAAAUUCAACGACAAAAAGGUGGCCCUUCACCAUUACCUCAUCUCAAACAAGUGUGGGUCAACUUCUGUAAAGCGUUACUAGUGGAAGCAACAUGGUAUCACAAUGGUCAUAUACCAACACUAGAAGAUUAUCUUCAUAAUGGGUGGACUUCAUCUUCCGGUCCUUUACUUUCAUUACAUGUCAUUUUUGGUCUCACAAAUGAAAACCUUCAUUUAUGCAAAAAUUGCCAAGAAAUUAUUUACCACACUUCCCUUAUAAUUCGACUUUGCAAUGAUCAAGGUACCUCAACGGCGGAACUAGAGAGAGGUGAUGUGGCUUCAUCAAUUAUAUGUUACAUGCAAGAAGAAAAUGUUUCAGAGGAUGUAGCCCGAGAGCAUAUUCAAAGCAUAAUUUUGAAUUCAUGGAAGAAGAUUAAUUAUCAUUUUAAUAGCCUUUCUACAUCACAUCGAAAAAUUAUUAAGCAUGUAAUAAAUGAAGCGCGAAUGGCACAUGUCAUGUACCAUUCUGGAGAUGGAUUUGGGGUCCAAGAUGGUGAAACUCAAGACCAAGUCCUUAUCAACUUGGUUCAGCCUAUUAUAUAAUUAAUGAAUAUAUUAAUUAGUAUGUGUUUACAUAUAAU